AUGAGCCUGGAACCCCCCAAGCUGGAGGUGAAAUCGGCCACGAGGGUGACCGGGGGUCCCGCCACCCCCCGCAAGGGACCCCCCAAGUUCAAGCAGAGGCAGACGAGGCAGUUCAAGAGCAAACCCCCCAAAAAGGGGGUGCAGGGGUUCGGUGACGACAUCCCAGGCAUGGAGGGCUUGGGAACAGACAUCACUGUCAUCUGUCCCUGGGAAGCCUUCAGCCACCUGGAGCUGCACGAGCUGGCUCAGUACGGAAUCAUUUAGGAUUUGGGCAGGCUCACUGACCCCGUAGUGCUGCC